UCGUUAUACGUUAUGACCCCUGCGCGUGGUGGGAUCGCGUUGUAGCCAGAGUACGUGCUGACCGACACCAUAAAUGUCUUCGCGCGUCUUCCAUGCCUCUGGCAAAUCUCCCGACCCUUAUGAGUUGGAACGGUUAGCAGAAGAGCUCGUCGCGCGUGAGCAAGCAGGAUCUAACUAUGCUCCCCGAACUACUGCCUCAACGGAGCUGCCAAUUUAUGUCCCAUUAUCGCAUAACAACCCUCAUCUAACUGCAGAAGUGUUUAACGUCGAAGAGUUUCUGCUCUCCCGAUCGCACACAUCUCUACAAGACUUGCGCUCAGAGCUUAGAGACUACCUUACCUCGUUGAAGGAGGAGCUGGUGUUACUCAUCAACGACGACUACGAGGCAUUCAUCAGUCUGAGUACAGACCUGAGAGGAGAGGGCUCGAGAUUGGAGAGGCUCAAACUUCCACUCGGCGACUUGCGCAAACGCAUCUCAGAGUCGCGAGGUGGUCUCCAGGCUACACAAGACAGCAUUCAAGAGACGCUUGAUGCCCGUACUAAGUUGCGCGAAGAGAAGGCACUUCUACAUCUCUUGCUCAAGAUAUCAGAGUCUGUAACCAGACUUGAGAGUCUUCUUCUCAUCUCUCAAGUUACUACGACAUCCUUUGAAAGUCACAGCAGUCAUCUGUCCCAUCUUCCUGCCUCUGCAGGACAGCCUAGCGAUGCCAAGAGCCAAGGCAACCGCGCCAAACACCUUUCCAGAGUCACUGCUGAGUAUACUCAACUCCUGUAUCACAUCGAGAAGGCAAAAGAAGAACAUUGUGCUUUUGUGGAUGAAAUACGAUGGCGUAUUGACCGCAUACAAUCAACUCUCACAUCUGACUUAGACCAUGUUUUUUCUGCUAUCCUGGGCUCCUUGACGGACAUCAAAGCAGGAAAAGUUUUGGACCUCGAACGAGCUAAACUAUAUGUUGAUUUAACUGAGUGUCUAAGGAUCUACGAUUCACUACGCCUUUGGAGAGUCGCUGAAGAGAUCAUGCGGAGAGACGUAAUGCAGACUUUUAUCAAGAAGACUAUUUUUUCUGAUGCACUGGCUACGUCGCUCUCACCUGUGUUACCGCACACUCCACUUCCUGCCACACUCUCUACCCGCACAGAAUCAUACGGUGGCGGGCUGUUGCCCCGUACCCCAUAUACUCCAUUCACUGCAUUUGCCACUAAACAAAAUCCCUUUGAGGCUUCACAUGUCUCUGGACCAGUGCACUUGCUUGACGAAUCUAAUGAUGCGCUUGCAAAAUUGUACAACCAGAUUCUUCGCUUUAUUGAGCGAGAUUUUGGGCGCAUCAUGGAGCUUGCCGAACGAGUUUCCUUUAAGGCGGGUUCGACUACGUCGUAUUCAAGUGCAGCAUUGGGAGACUAUCAUUUGGGAGACGCACAACAGGCUUCUGUGGAUGGCUUCGAGAUUAUGACCAAUGUGGUGUGGGCAGAAAUCGGUAGGGCAAUAAUGGAUGAGCUUGGCACUGUUGUAUUUGCGCCAGGAAACCCAAAUGAGUUCCGCAAGCAUCAUUCUACAACGCAGGCUUUCAUCCGUUCUCUCGAGUUCUUGGCUCCUUCCACGCAUUCUGUGCAAAACAUGCGUUCCCAUCCAGUGUUCACUGCAUUUCAGCGACGUUGGCAGCUCUCUGUUUAUUUCCAGUUGCGGUGGAAGGAAACCGUCACAAAGCUCGAAGAAACUUUGUCAUCGAGAAUUCUGGAUCCUGAGGCACCAAACUUUACUCCUGGGCGUGAUGUGUUUGUAACGGCACAGGCCGCUGAUGUUUUCACUGCAAUUGCUUCGUGCUGGGGUGCGGAAGGGUACAUUCCCGACCUUUCGCAUCGCUUCUGGAAAUUUACUCUUCAGCUCCUCAGCCGAUAUCGGGAAUGGUUGGAAAGCUCACUGCCGCCUUCAGGAGGGUCUCCAGUGAAACCUGCUGCCAACAUUACCCAUGAGAAGACCUCAGCAAUUGUCAACCCUCCAAGAUCUUCAACACCUGGACUCACGCCAGAAGCGACUAUUGAAAGCACAGCUGCAGACGAGAUCUUACUAAGGCAGUUUGCAACGGCUCUCGUUGAUAUUCGGGCGAUGACAAGCCAAGUCUUGCAAUUGUGGAGAGAAGAGAUUAGCAUGAUGCUUCCCGACAUGUCAACGGAAGACAAUACAGAGGACGCGGUGCUAGAAGCCGCUCUGAGAACUCAACUCGAGCAGCUCAGUGCUCUUUCUGCAUCGUUGAGCAGCCAGGCCACAUCCAUAUUGUCCAGGCGUUGUUGCGAUGCCCUGUUGCCAGUUCGAUCUAUUCCUUCGCAAUUUAGAGCAAUGUCUAACAAGCGGCUGCCCUCCGAACCAAGUUACUUUGCGCCCACCAUCCUCCGCCCGGUAAGGGUCUUCUUUGGAAUCGGCACUGGCGGUGGUCCUGGGGAACGACUCAAGGAGGAAUUGUUGAGGGAUGUCUCAACUGAUGUUGUGGAAAGCGUCUGUCAGCGGUACAUACAGUACUUGACUGCGAUGAAAAAGACCGAGGAAUCUCUUCGACGACUGAAGAAAGGGAAAAAGUCGACGCUAUCUAUUUUUGGAUCUGCUACUGCUGGAAAAGAUGACGGGAAGGACGAGGAACGCAUUCGUGCACAGAUGAUACUGGACGUGGAAGCGUUCAGGACAGAAGGCGAAGCCCUAGGGGUCAACAUGCAGUCCAUGGACAGCUUCAUAGUCCUGGAUCAAAUGGUUCGAGCUGAACUGGUUGACAGCGAUCUCUGACACUUGCCCAUAAUUUAUACCUUUGGCUGAGGACGGUGUUCUGAACUCUUCUUCGAUCGCAGUAGCAAGAA